AUGAUUGCUUAUUCUCAACCGUACAUGUUUAUUGUUUUUGAUUCUCUCCCAUUUUCUUCUCGUUACCUGCUCCUCCGUUCUAAAAGACCUGGUGUUCAGCGUUGUCGUUUGUUCAUUUGGAAAGUCGAGGCGAGGCAAGGCGUUGGCAUGAUGCAGUCCAAUGUUGUCUUUUUCUUUUUCUUUUCUUUUUCUUUUCUUUUUCUUUUCUUUUUCUUUUCUUUUUCUUUUCUUUUUCUUUUCUUUUUCUUUUCUUUUUCCCUUUUUCGAUUAUUCCCACUUGUUCGUCUCUUGCUGUCUUCUCUUCGAUAGCCAGACAAUACACGAUUGCGCUGGUUAGAGGGGGCAUGGGUGUGCCUUUUCUCUAUAUACUAGCCAUUCCAGAAAAGCAGAUAAAAUACACAGGUUAUAUUUAAGCCUAUCUGUAUAUAAACAGAUCUAACAAAUU